AUGGAGAGCUCAGAGCACAAGACAGAGGAACCCAGGUCAAGCUCAGCCAUUUGGGAUGCUGGUCCCCAGUACGAUUAUGUCCGAUUUGAGAAAUGCAACAGUUACGGGAUCCCGAUGGAGGCAAGGCAUGAGACCGGGGGGAAAGGGGACGACUUGAACUACCUGGAGAGCACCCUCAGCUACCCACAGCUCUACGGGCAAUACACAGAGCAGCUCUCUGACUUUGCACAGAAAGAAGCAGCAAAACUAUUGAGUGAUAAAGAGGACCAAGGAAACAGCCAGCACCCACUGAAACAAGACACCCAGUCAGAAGUCAAAGAAAACCGGUACUCCAAAUGCCAAGACUGUGCUAGACACAUCCAGAAAUACGUUACCAAGAAACUUGGAGACGACUGGAUUUUCCUGGUUCUGUUGGGCCUGGUCAUGGCACUGGUGAGCUGGGGAAUGGAUUAUGCCAGUGCCAAGAGCCUGCAAGCUUACAAGUGGAUGUACAAAGAGAUGCACCCAAAUGUCCUUAUGCAGUACCUGGCCUGGGUCACUUACCCGCUCAUCCUCAUCCUCUUUGCUGCUGCCUUCUGCCACCUUGUCUCCCCACAGGCUGUUGGGUCUGGAAUUCCUGAAUUGAAGACUAUCAUGCGGGGAGUGGUCCUCAAGGAGUACCUCACUCUUAAAGCCUUUGUGGCCAAAGUUGUAGGCCUGACAGCUGGUCUGGGAAGUGGGAUGCCUGUAGGGAAAGAGGGUCCCUUUGUGCAUAUAGCCAGCAUUUGUGCUGCUGUGCUCAGCAAGUUCAUGUCAAUCUUCUGUGGUGUGUAUGAGCAGCCAUAUUAUUACACGGAUGUCCUGACGGUGGGUUGCGCUGUGGGGGUCGGCUGCUGCUUUGGAACACCACUGGGAGGGGUCCUUUUCAGCAUUGAGGUCACAUCCACUUACUUUGCUGUUCGUAAUUACUGGCGCGGUUUUUUUGCUGCCACUUUCAGUGCAUUCAUUUUCCGAGUCCUUGCUGUCUGGAAUAAGGAUGCAGUCACCAUUACAGCCCUGUUUAGAACUAACUUUCGCAUGGAUUUCCCCUUUGACCUGCAAGAGCUGCCAGCCUUUGCUGUAAUAGGGAUCUGCUGUGGGUUCCUUGGAGCAUUUUUUGUUUACCUCAAUCGCCAAGUGGUUUUGUGUGUCCGGCGACAUAAGACUUUAAGCCAGUUUCUCACCAAAUACCGCCUGCUAUACCCGGGAGUUAUAACCUUUCUUAUAGCAACUGUGACCUUCCCUCCAGGGUUUGGGCAAUUCAUGGCAGGAGAGUUGAUGCCGAGGGAGGCCAUCAGCUCCUUAUUUGACAACUACACUUGGGUAAAGUACACAGGGGACCCACAGGUUUUAGGGAAAUCUGCCGUCUGGAUUCACCCCAACGUCAGUGUCUUCAUCAUCAUCCUGCUCUUCUUCCUCAUGAAGUUCUGGAUGUCUGUCAUCGCUACUACCAUGCCAAUACCAUGUGGAGGCUUCAUGCCUGUUUUUGUGCUGGGUGCAGCUUUUGGACGUCUUGUUGGUGAAAUUAUGGCAUCACUCUUUCCAGAUGGAAUCCUUUUUGAUGGACUUGUUUAUAAAAUAUUACCUGGGGGGUAUGCAGUCAUUGGUGCAGCAGCUCUGACAGGAGCAGUGAGCCAUACCGUCUCCACUGCAGUGAUUUGCUUUGAGCUAACAGGUCAGAUCUCUCACAUCUUGCCUAUGAUGGUGGCUGUCAUCCUUGCCAACAUGGUGGCCCAGAGUUUGCAGCCCAGUCUCUAUGACAGUAUCAUCCAGGUGAAGAAGCUGCCCUACCUGCCAGACCUGGGCUGGAAUCACAUAAGCAAAUACAAUAUCUUUGUUGAGGAUAUUAUGGUCUGUGAUGUGAAAUUCAUCUCAUCCAACUGUACAUACCGAGACCUCCAGACUCUGCUACAAACCACUACUGUUAAGACCUUACCUCUUGUGGAUUCACCAGAGUCCAUGAUCUUGUUGGGUUCAGUGGAACGGUCGGAGCUGCAGGCCCUUCUCCAAAGACACAUCAGCCCAGAGCGGCGUUUGCAUCUCGCCAAGGAGAUGCAGCAGAAGCUGACUGAGGCACCCUAUGAUGGCAGCAGCAAAAGCCAGUGGAUGGCCAUGCCCAAAUGGAAGCGUGAAUCAUUUGCUUUUGUGGAUGAGGAUGAGGAUGAAGAGGAAAAGACUGAGCUGUCUCAGCAGCCCACAACUGCUCCCAGUCACUCUGAGAAACCCAAUGGCCCAGUGACUCUUCAUAAACGAAUACCAGAAACCCCAGGACUCCAGGAACCCCCGGAAGCCAGGAGAUUCUGGAGUUUCCAGCAACUGAUCCAGCAGCUUUUGUGCAAUUUCAGCCAUUCACCUGAGAUGGAAAGCACUGCCCAGGACUCAGUAGAAGUUGUAGACACAAUGAAACCAGAGGAAAUAGAUGCUUGGGAGCAGGAGGAGUUGAACAAGGAAGUGUGCUUUGACAGCUGUCGCAUAGACCCCUCUCCCUUUCAACUGGUGGAGAGGACUUCCCUGCACAAGACGCACACCUUGUUCUCCUUGCUGAGCCUCAGCCAUGCCUAUGUAACCAGUAUGGGGAAGUUAAAGGGAGUGCUGGCAUUAGAAGAGCUCCAGAAAGCGAUUGAGGGCUCCACGCGCUCUGGUGUCCGUCUCCGUCCACCGCUUGCUAGCUUCCGUAACACCAGCCGGACCUCAGUCAGCAGUGAGAAGGCCAACCAGGUCUCACAGGUGUGGAGCCGGCAGAACAGCUGUACAGUACCCAUGAGAGGAGCAGUGGACUCAGGGGCGGAGAGCCCUUUGCCCCCCAGCUCCCUGUCCAUGCAGCCCUUGCCCUUCCCUGAGGAGGGGCUGCCUUCUGGCACUGAUACUGAGUUGGAAGACAUGGAAAUGACUGGCCCUGCUACUGAAAACAUUUCAGACAUCCUCAGGGACCUGAGCCUGCACUCCACGGAUCUGGAUGAGGAUGAGGAAGAAGAUGUACCUCUAUAAUUGGUGGGAGGAGGAAGUGUUCCACCCCUUCUCCCUUCAGUGAGCUAUCUGUAUUAUACAUGUCCUCAGGGAGCCUAUGGACUGUUUCACUGCACUCUGAUAUGUAAUGAUUGGCUCCGCUGGGGGUAGGAGCAUAGGACUGGCCUUUCCUUCUGUUGCCUUCACUGCCUAAAGUGUUAUGCUGCCUUGGAUGUGCAGGAGAGGCCCUUGGAUGUGCUACAUAUGGGUGUGCAGGGGAUGGAGAAGGAGAGUCCCCAAUGAUUAAUGGAAGCUGGGGUUAUGGGAUAGUGGAGCUCUUUCCUCUCCUAGCUCUUGUGUGUACGUGAGGGAGGCAGCAGGAAUAAAGAGUGCAUGGGAACUGCCAGUUACAGAACAAGAAUCCUGGACAGAUCCUACCGUUAUGGACUCAUGGUGAGGAGCAGGGUAGCUUCAGCAGCCUUUCCACUUCUCUGUUUCCCUGAACACCCUACAGCUGCAUAACACUGUCUGUCUUCAUUUAUUUCAGUUCAGGCAGGAACAUACUCCCAACUCAGGAGUCCUGGCUGGUGCGAAUUUUCAGAACUGCAGGAAAUACCUGCAGGAGACAACAGAACCCCCCAAGCACCUUCCCCAGUACUGUCAAACCAGCUAAGAUUGUAAUUCCCUAAGAUGUGGGCUGAUCCAGUCUGGUACCUGAAGAAAUGCAGGGCCAACUGAGAUAAAUAAGAGCCUUAUAUAAUAGCAAGUUUUCCAUGCACACUCUUCUCCUUCACUCCCCACUGGUGUUUGCCAUCUUUUCAGGACACCACAACCCAAUGUGUGAGCAUGUCCACAUAUGCAUCCAUGCAUGAGCACAUACACACAUGUUCGUGAAUGCACAUGCGUACUCACACACCUUUGAAGCACCCAGAAUCCUAUCUCAAUUUGUCCCUGUAGCUCCCUUCAAGGAGGUUUCCCAUCAUGCACACCAGAAUUUUGUCUCAUUUUGGAUCCUUUGGGUGUUUCCUGAGUGGGUGGGAGGUUUGGGGCUUCUCCCUUGCCCUUCCACUCUGCUGUCCUGUAAACACAGGUCGAUGAGAAUGAUUGUUGAUCUUAAUCACAUUUCUUUAAAAAAGAAUUGGGACAGGUGGUGGGGAGGUGCCUCCUUGAUUUCCCAUUGUCUCCAUGAAGUUGUUAAGCAGAACGAUCAAAAUGUUAGUGGGAAGGCCAGAAGUUCACUCCAUCUUGGGCCUCUGGACUAUGGAUAGGGCUGGAAGGAGUAAGACUGUAAAUAUGUACCAAUCUCUCAGCUGUUCGUGUAUUUGUGUCUCUAAAUUGCUGUUGCUAAUUUCUAUCAAGUUAUAGUCUUAAAAUAUAAGAAUGCCAGAGGAAAGGAUUAUGGUGUGUGAAAAAGCUGAUGGUAAGCAAGGCACUGAGGAGUAAAUGCCCCAAACCUUUGAUAGCAUAAGAAAACCCCUCUCCUAGAGCAGUUUUUGUCUGCUAUCCCACUACUGGGAGUCUUCCACAUGGUUCUCCCAAUGCAUAUAAGGCCUAAUGCAAAGCACCCACUGCUAUUCCAACUCUGGACCAUCUUAUGAUCCCCCACUCAUCUCUCUUUAUGCUUCAGUCUUGACCAAGCCAUCACCUUGAUUUUCCAGUUUUGGGGUCCCAAUCCAUAGCCUUUCCAGUUAAUUUGUGUUGUGACCCAACAGAGACUUCAAUCCUGCCUUGUAGCACUUCCCCUACUAUUCCAAUUCAAGUUCCUGAGCAGAUCUUUAUCUUUUUCCUGGGGAAGACUUACUGCCAACUCGUUUCAUGCAUGAGGGCUGGUGGAAGUUGCUGAAGGUAACCCUGCCCAUCAUCACUGAGGGAGGAAAGAUCUCAUCCUGGUAUAGUGCCAUUGGGGCUGCGGAAGAUAGCCUUGACCCUGCUAAGGCUUUACCAAUGUAGAGGCUGGAGAGGGUACCCUUAGCUCCAUGAAGCAUAUGGCUACCCCAGGACCACCUGUGCCUAGAACUGAAGGGCAAGUCAGAGAACAUAGAUUCUCUCUGAUUGGCUCUGAAAGCCUGCUGGGUAUCUCUCUUCAGGUGGCUGUGGCCUCCGCUGCAUAGUCUGCCUUGCCAUGCCACAACCUUGCUGGUGGCAUCAGCAUUUCACCUCACCUGGAAUACCACUUUGUGCCUGGCCUGGGAAAUGCCCCUCCUGACUAGGUCAGAAUAAUGAUCCUGCUAAUACUGCACCUGAGCUCUCUACUCUUCUGCACCCAUAGCCCUCCUCUUCAGUAAUGUGAGCAGGUCUGUAAGCAUCUCCUCCUUGAUUUUCCUCAGGUCUCUGGCAGCUCACUGUGCUGCUCUUAUAGGCAUUGGCCUUGGGACCUCAAUGGCUGCAACAGUGGAAGCAGCGGUUGCUUCAGUGUUAUCCUGAAACGACAGUAAAAAACACAAGCAGCUUUUUUUUAACUUGUGUAACUUGAUGAUAAGCCCUGAACUUCCAAGCAAGUCUUUGCAUUCAAUUUUGGGAGAUCUUCAUGAGCUCUGGUUCCUGGAAUGAUAAGUUCCUAUGCCUAGAAGCUCUAGCACAGGGAACUUAGCCACCUUCCACUUUUCAACCAGGCUAUCUUUCCUGAUCUCAGCAUGCAGGGAUAAGCAUAGGCAAGGCCCCCAGAUUUGGAUUACUUUAAGAUUCUCCCUAUAGAAGUGGCAGAGUUGAGUCCUCAGAUGGCACCCUGACCCAAAGCUCCUAGCCAUCUUCCCGGUUUUUAGGGCUCUUUCUUCUAUGGGGAUAUGUCUCUGCUGUGUGUUUCAUACCAAAGCUCCAGAGGCACUUGUACACAUGACGGGGAUUUAAUCUUCACUAAACUAAGCAGGUUUAUUAAAAUUGACAUGGCGUGCUUUAAUUUGUUCUGUC